AUGCCCAGCCGGUUAGGACUUGGUCUGCGUCCCCCCAUGCCGUCGUAUGGCCAAGGUCCCUCAAUGUCGGCUCUCGCACAGCAGCAGUAUGGGAAUCACCACCCACAAUUCGUACCACCACAACCGCGAUCAACCACUCUCUUCAUUGGUUCCAUAUCCGGUGGUAUCACAGACAACUUCUUGAACGCUUUGCUCGCAGCCUGCGGCCCAAUAUCCUCUUUCAAACGUCUCAUUACGCCUGCAAACAAGCCACAAGGAUUCGGUUUCGCAGAAUUUCAAGAUCCUGAUGGUGCGUUGCGAGCUAUGACAUUGCUCAACGGCGUAGAGUUACCUGCGUUGGAGGAUGGAUGCGUGAACAAAAAGCUGCUGGUUAAGGCAGACGAGAAGACGAAGAUGUUCCUGGACGCGUAUCAGGCACAGAAAAUGGUCACACCUGUGGACGAAGAACUGACGCGAAACGCCAAAGCCAAGGUGGACCUAAUGCUCUCUGAGAUCAAUAAACAGUCGCAAGACGCGGCGAGCAACGGCCUCAUCGACAAGGAGAAGUACAUCAUUCCUCCUCACUUGCACGACCUGCAAGAGGCCGACCUCCCAGAGACGCAACGCGGGCUCGUGAUGACCGAGAUCGCGCAAUUCCGCGAGCGGGCGGCGAAGCGGGAGCGGGAGAAGAUGCGUGAGACACAACAAGCGCUGCCCAACAUCCUCGCCGCACCGAGCGGGCCCAAGCAACGGGAAUGGGGCAAACCACAGAUGCCCGGCCAGCAGGCACCACCGUCGCCCGUUGACGCUGGUCGCCCUCAGCAGGGAUUUGGCAAAGGCGCGCAGGGCUACAACAAGCCUGUCGGUUUCGUGAAGGCGGAGUCAGACAGGGGUUCCCCUCCGGAGGCGAGAGUCUUCAGCACACCUACGAAGACGGAUGAGGAGUUGGAGGAGGAGAGGAAGCGGCAACGGCGGAGAGACGAGGAGGAGUCGUACCGAGACCGAGAAAAACGGUAUGAGCCGAGAGAGCGAGCGCGGAUACAAGCCCUAGAGCGUGCAAUUCUUCGUGAGCGUGCCACCAAGGAGGCAGAAGAACGCGAUCGGGUUGAGAUGCGAUCACGGUUGGCCGUGUGGGAUGAUGACGAAAGCGACGAGCUGUUCUAUACGGACAGAGCGCGGUGGCGGACCACGCGAUCCCGGAGAUUGGCUGCCGAACAGGCGGCAGACGAGGACUCGCGCCUUUAUGAGGAACGCGAGGUGGAUAACCUGCGCAAAGAGUCUGAGGCUUUCCUUGCACGGCAAAUGGACGAGAUGCAAGCACUGCAAGAAGAGCAACGCAAGGCCGGGCUGCUCCUCGAAGACGGUGCGCCUGUCAAGCUCAACGUCUCUCUCGCCGGCGCGGGCGCACCGAAGCAGGAGACGGUCACGAAGGAGAAGGCAACCGUGUUUGGUCAGGAAGAGGAGGAGGAAGAGAGUUUACGGAAACGGAAGGUGCCUCUUCCCAAGCUCGAUCUUGCAGAGGGUGGAGAGAAGGCAAAGGAGCGGCUGCAGAAGAUUAAGGAGUCCGUGCCUAGGGAUAAGGAAACCCUGUUCAAGGCGAAGGUGCGGUGGGACGGCCUGUCAGACCUCAUGAUCGACCGGAAGUUGGAGCCGCUUGUGAAGCGACAGAUGACAACGUACCUCGGCGAGCUUGAAGAUGACGAUCUCAUCAUGUUUGUCCUCGAACAUCUCAAAGAUCACAAAGGUCCCCAGAAACUGAUCGAGGGCCUCGAGCCGGUCCUCGAAGAAGAAGCGACGGAGUACACAAUUCGCAUCUGGCGCCAAAUCAUCUUCGAGAGCAUGGCAUACGGAGAAGGCCUACACACCGAGCGGAUGAUGGCCGACUGA